AUGGAGCAGAGAGCUCAGAAACAAAGAGGAGGUGACAGUGUCCCGGUGGAGAGUACAGGGCAGUGGGCAGAAGCCGAGGCUCUGGCCUUGAUGAAAGUAUGGAGCGACUUAGGGCCUCAAGACGAGAGCAGAGCCACAUACGAGCUGCUGUCAGAGGCUCUGAGGAGGCUCAGGGUGCAGCGCAGCUGGAGGGAGUGUCAGGCCCAGUGCAGGAGCUUGGGACUGCACUGCAGCACUAAAGAGGAGGACCCAGGGCUUGACUACCCCCAAGAGAGGCUGAGGACGGACUCCACAGCAGUGAAGGAAGACUGGGAGGAGGAGCAUGGAGGGGGCAACACCAGAGGAAUGUUCCAGUCACCAAUGCAGGAAGGAAUGAAGCUUAUUGUGCAUCGCGCGAUGCCCUACAACGCAGACGCUCCUGAAGAAGGCGGCCGCCACUGGUCGGACGACGAGGUGAGAGCGUUGUUGUGCGUCUGGGCCAACAAGAGCAUCCGUGAGCGCCUCAAAUGUACGCUGCGCAACAAAACCAUCUUCCAGGAGAUGUCGCUCCUGAUGGAGAAAAACUUUGGCAUUGUGCGCAAUUGGAAGCAGUGUCGCACGAAAUACAAGAACCUGAAAUAUGACUACAAGACUGUGAAGACCACUCUGAAUGCCAGCAGCAGUAGUGGGAGUGCGGCUGGGCCAAACAAGUACAUGAAGUUUUUUGAGGAAGUAGAGGCCAUAUUACUGGACCAGGGACUGGAGAGGGGGACGCUGGACAUGCAGAUGAGAGUGUUCGAUGGAGAAGAACCAAACACAACAGACCCCGAACACGAGGCCAUCAUUGAGAUAGACGAUGAUGACAACAGUGAUGAGUAUGAUGGUGAUGGAGAAGUGGACACUGGGAUCUGGAAAGGAACAGACGCAUCCAGCACUGACCAAGUGCAGGUGGUGACCAUUUCAGACACAGGUCGUAACUGGAGCGACCAGGAAGUGAGAGCCCUCAUCCACGUUUGGUCGGACGAACGCAUUCGGACACAAUUGGAAAGCUCAACAAGAAAGAGGGACAUUUUCAUCCAAAUCUCAAACUUACUGAUGCAACAAGGAAUUGAACGUGACUGGAAGCAAUGCCACACCAAGUACAAGAAUCUUAAAUAUCUGUACAGGUCACUGCAGAGGACCAGGACGGAGAAGUCUGACCCCAAACACCUCAUGCGUUUCUAUGAGGAGCUAGACGCCAUAAUGAACCGUCCUAAAAGUAACACUAUGAACAGCUCUCCGCACGAUAGGUUGCACCUGGACUACAGCCUGGACACUGCACAGAUCCCCACCUUGGACAAUGAGGACCACACAGAUGUGCAUUUGCUCAAAGUGAAUAACGUUGUCACAUCUCAACCAGGAAGUUCCUCUGAAACAGGUAUUUCAGCAGACUUUGAACUUACAGCCAACGAGCAGGAGCAGAGGACACAAAACAGAGACAACUCCAUGAACGCACAACACACUCCGACCGGUAAGCGAAGCAGCACACUCGAGCUGGGCGAUCGUCAAGAUAUCUCCACUUCCCACACUGACCCACUUCAAUUUAUGAUUUGA